GUGAAAUCUAAAAAUACCAACGGGACUUUAUUAUUGUCAUGAGAAUUAUUGAUUCAGACAAUCUCGAGCUUGACCAAUACUCCAAUAGUAUCCAAAUUUCUUGACCAAAUACUCGUAAACAAAACUUUUUCAACUUAAUCCUCAGCCACAAGAUUUACAACACACUCUCUUAUAUAUGCAUCAUAUCCUCAUUUCACCACCCAAAAAACCUAAAACACACUAAACCCUUAAACCAAUCAAUCCCACAAAAAAUGUUAACAAAAAUCCUCCAUUUUCACUAUCUAAUUCUCCUUCUUUUCCUCUACAAAAUCCACCAUUCAAACUCCCAACCAACCAUUAACAAAAAACACACAUUUGGAUACACUUGCAACAACAACACUAGCCAAUACCCAUGCCAAACCUAUGUAUUAUACAGACCCAAACCCCCUGAUUACCUUGAGCUAGCCUCCAUUGCUGACCUCUUCAACGUAAGCCGGCUAACCAUCUCCCAACCAAGCAACAUAGCCAACCCGUCUUUCGGUCUCAACCCGAACCAACCCCUUUUCAUCCCCAUCUCAUGCGGGUGCAACCCGGUUCGUAACCAAACCCUAAAGUCCAUUUCCUUUGCUAACAUGACCUACAACAUAAAACCAGCUGAUACUUUCUAUUAUGUUUCAUCUAAUCAUUUUGGCAACCUUACUACUUAUGAAACUACUAUGAUUGUUAACCCUACUCUUGAUAUUUAUAACCUUACUAUUGGUAGUAAUGCUUAUUUUCCCAUCUUUUGUAAGUGUCCUAACACUACUCAGCUUCGAAAUCGUGUAAAUUUCUUAGUUACUUAUGUUUUUCAACCUAAUGAUAGUUUGAGUAGUGUUGCAUCCUUGUUUGGUGUAACAAGACAGUCUAUUGUUGAUGUAAAUGGGGAUGAUAUAAGCCCUUUCGACACGAUUUUCGUUCCGGUUUCGAAACUUGUUAAGCUCAACCAACCUCCUGGAGUUCCUACAAAUCAAACAGUUGUGGUUUCUACUACUAUUGAUCAUGAUCAUAAAGGGGUUGUUGUUGGUUUAAGUGUUGGUUUAGGUGUUUGUGUUUUGUUGCUUGUUUUGGUUUCAGGGUUGUUGGUUUAUAGAGAAGUUGACAACAGGAAAAAGUCAAAGGAGAGAGAUUUUGAAGGGAUAAAACAGGGGAAUUUAGGAAAGCAGGGUAGUGAAAGAAGGAUUGUGAAGCAAUUAGAACAGAAUUUGUUGUUGGCUGAUGUUUCUGAUACUUUGGAUAAGUAUAAGAUUUAUGAAAUUGAUGAAUUGAGAAAGGCUACUGAUGGAUUUGAUGAGAAAAAUGUGAUUCAAGGUUCUGUUUUUAAAGGUUUUAUUGAUGGAAAGUUUCAUGUGAUUAAGAAGAUGAAGUGGAAUGCUUAUGAAGAAUUGAAGAUUUUGCAAAAGGUGAAUCAUGGAAACCUUGUUAGGUUGGAAGGGUUUUCCAUAGACCCUGAGGAUGCUAGUUGCUACCUUGUCUACGAGUACAUCGAAAACGGAUCUCUUCAUUCGUGGCUACACGAAAACAAGGGAAAAUUAAACUGGAAAGCUAGACUAAGAAUUUCUAUAGACAUUGCAAAUGGUCUUCAAUACAUCCAUGAGCAUACUAGACCUCAAGUGGUUCACAAAGACAUUAAGAGCAGCAACAUUCUUCUUGACGCCAACAUGAGAGCCAAGAUUGCCAAUUUCGGGCUAGCAAGGUCCGGGUGCAACGCUAUUACAAUGCACAUUGUAGGCACCCAAGGAUACAUUGCACCCGAAUACUUGACUGAUGGUAUAGUCUCUCCAAAGAUGGACGUCUUCUCAUUUGGAGUAAUCUUGCUUGAGUUGCUUUCAGGAAGGGAGGCCAUCGACGGUGAUGGAAAAGUGCUUUGGGCUAGUGCCCAUGAAAUUUGGGGCUACACUGAGGAUACCGAAAGGGUGAAGAAGUUGAUGGAGUGGAUAGACAAGUUCCUUCAAAAGGAGUCAUGCUCGGUUGAUGCCUUGACAAACAUGAUGAAUGUGGCUAUUGCUUGUGUUAAUAAGGAUCCCUCAAAACGGCCGAGUAUGGUAGAUGUUGUGUAUGCCUUGUGCAAGAGUGAUGACCUCUUCUAUGAUAUUUCAGGAAAUGAGUUUAGUACAUCUCCUAUUAGAGCAAGAUAGAGCAAAAGUUAUAAGUUAAAAUAAUGCGAGUAGAUUGUAUGAUUGUGGCUUAUUUCUCCUCUUGAUUUCUUAUGUUCCUAUGUUAUUUGUAACUUUGUGUUGUAAGAAGAUAACCUGCGUUUGUGAGUUGCGAGAAAUGAUACAUAACUUGAAGCUUUAAGUUGUGAAUUAGGCCACAUUUUGGUAACAUAUACU